GUACUUGAAGGUAACAUAAUUUCUGCUACAAACAGGCUUCCGUCGGUAUUUUAACUUCAUUAUUGACAUUAUCUUCCCACACGUAAACAUGGUUAGAGAGUGCAGACAACUGGCAUGAUCAAAUUUAGAAAAUCUCUCUUUUAAUAUUAAUUGCAAAUUAUUUAUAUAGUUUUUUUAUCUAGCAAACCGUAUCCGUUAGCAGUGGUUAGCCUACUUCAGCUAACGCUAACAAGCUGUAGUUGAAGAAACGUACUUUAUUUGAAGAUGGACAAGUUUGUCGUUCGGCUUCCCAAGGGAGAAACACCCAAACAACCGAAGAGCGACGAGAGAGUUUACAAACAAGCUACAAUUGAGUCUCUACGGAGGGUAGUUGUGAUUGAGGACAUCCUACGUUACAAGUCGACGCUAGAGCUGCCAGAUCAGAGCAAGGAGAACUUGAUGAACACCCUGACUGAGCUGAGCAAGAAGAUGCCAUCCGAGGAAGUGCUCAGAUCCACUAAAAUAGGUCACACUGUCAACAAAAUACGGAAGCAUCCAGACCCUGAGGUGAGUUCUUUGGCAACAAAAGUUUACACUGACUGGAGGACUUUCAUUGAGGAGAAUUCAAAUAAGCCGUCUAUUGAAGUGCGCUCCGACAAACAGUCUGAAGGGCUCAGGAGCAACGCUAGGAGACUGCUGUCUGAAGCACUGGAGGUCAAGGAGGACUCUAAUCUGAUAGACAACAUAGAGAGAGAAGUUUUUCACCAGAGCUCCCGGUUAGUCAGCAGCUCAUACAGACGGACAAUCAGGGCGCUGGUGUUCGGCUUCAAACACAACCCUGACGUCAGGAGUGAAGUAAAGGACGGCAAAAUAUCAGUCAGCCAGCUGGUUUCUAAAUACAAAAAAUAAGUGAAUACAUGUUGGACUGUGACUCGGACCUCUUAUGGAAGAAAUUUUAAUACCUGUGAAUUUUUUAAAAUUAAUUUUUAGUCUUUAAUUGUGUUCUCUGUUGGCUGAGAAAAUACAAAACAUUCUUGUAUUUUGAGGCACAUCAGUUUAUGUACACUGUUUUAAGAGUGAAUGCUCUAAUGUUUUUUUAAUAUUUAAAGCAUACCUCCACUUACACGAUACUGUACCAUAUGUCAUUAAUUUUGUUUUAAAACUGAAUGAAAAAAAUGUCAAUUAAAUACAAAAUUCAAUGAUAAAAUUUGGAUUGUAAAUAUACAUGUUUCAUAAUUUUGAA